GCAAUUUAGCAAAGCGCGCGUAGAGGGAAGUCUGGCGACAUUUCUAGUUACAUUUAGUACUUUCGUUGCCAGAGUGGCCGCCGUGUCGCCAUGUCCCCACCCGGGAAAAAACAGCGACUCGGCCAAGUCAGCAGUAACAACUCACAACAUGCUCCUAUGAGCUCCCCAAGCACGGCCGGAGAAGACGGAGAAGAUGGUCGUUAUGUGGAAGGCUCCAUACGUCGCAUCACCAUGAAAAACUUCCUGACCUAUGACUCUUCGGUGGUGUAUCCUGGACCAAAUUUGAACAUGAUCGUUGGAGCCAAUGGAACUGGCAAAUCUAGCAUUGUGUGUGCCAUUUGUCUGUGUCUAGCUGGCAAGACCAAUAUUUUGGGAAGAGGAGACAAGGUUGGGCUCUAUGUGAAACGUGGAUGUCAAAAAGGCUAUGUUGAGAUAGAACUGUACAAGAAUGGCGGUUAUGUGGUAAUUAAAAGAGAGAUCCAUGUGGAGAACAAUCAGUCACUUUGGAUGCUAAAUAACAAACUCUGCAACCAGAAAAUGGUGGAAGAGGAGGUCAAAAGUUUGUGUAUCCAAGUCAACAAUUUGUGCCAGUUUCUACCUCAGGAAAAAGUGGGUGAGUUUGCCAAGAUGUCCAAAAUUGAGCUGCUGGAGGCAACUGAGAAGUCGGUUGGACCACCAGAGAUGUACGAGUACCACCGUGAGCUCAAAAACUUCCGCAACAAAGAGCGAGAUUUAGAGAAUGUUGUGAAAGAGAAGGCAAGCUUUCUGGAGAAGGCAAAGCAGAGGAAUGAGAGGAACAAGCAUGACGUAAAUCGUUAUUACGAAAAAAAGAGACAUCUGGAUGUGAUUGAGUUGCUUGAGAAGAAGAAACCAUGGGUGGAAUAUGAGACCAUCCGUAAGGAGCGUGAGGGCGUAAAUAAGGAGCGUGAAGCAGCCAAAAAGGAGCUCUCCAGUCUUAGGCAAGCCCAGACACCCAUGCUGAGGAAAAUCCAGCAGAUUGAUCAGCAGUUGAAGCCAACUGAGGCACAAAUGAAGGCUAAGACAGUUGCCAUCAAAGAUGCAUCUGUGAAGUGCAAGCAGAAACAAGAUCAGUUGGAUAGAAAACACAAAGAGAUUGAUGACAUCAAGCAAAAGUUUAGGUUGAAGCAGACGGAGGAGGAAGACCAUCAGAAGCGAAUCGUCAACACUAGACGAGCCAUUGAAGACCUGAAUACUGAACUUGCCAAAGUCAGAGAUCAGCCAGAUGUAACUCCAAGAAUCAAUGCUGUUAACCUGGAGUUGAGGCGCAUCCAGGAGGAGAGAGCCAAGAUCGAAGGGGAGAAGGGUGACUUGCGCAUGGAGGAGAACAAAUUCAUUGCUGAGUCCAGAGCCUUGGAAAGGAAGCUCAAUGACAUGAAUAACCUGAUGAAUGCCAAGGAGGAGAAGCUGCGAGGACGGUACCGUGACACACAUGCUGCUCUCCAGUGGCUGAGAAAGAACAGAGACCUCUUUCAGGGGAACGUCCAUGAGCCCAUGAUGCUGGUGAUGAAUGUGAAAGAUCAUCAAUUGGCAAAGUAUGUGGAAACCCAUAUCUCAAUCCAUGACCUGCGAGCUUUUAUCUUCCAAAGGAAAGACGACAUGGAGAAGUUCAUGACCGAGGUCCGUGACAAGUUGAACUUGAGAAUUAAUUCAAUUUCUGCCCCAGAGGAGUCAUGGUCAAGGAAGAAACCAUCCCGAAAUAUUGAGUCUCUCAGGCGCUUUGGAUUCUACUCUUAUCUCCGUGAAAUGUUUGAUGCUCCUGAGGAGGUGAUGAGUUACCUCUGUUAUCAGUACAAGGUGCAUGAUGUGCCUGUGGGCAAUGAGCAAACAAAAGCCAUGAUAAAAACGGUGAUUGAGGAGCCCUACCUGAAGGUGUUGUACACAUCAGAUGACAGGUACACCGUAAAAAGGUCCUUUUAUUCCAAUAAGAUAAGCACCAGUAACUCUGCAGUGCAUACAUCCCAGUACCUCGGCAUCACUGUGGAUGCUGAGGAGAAACGGCAGCUGGAGGAGCAAAUUAAAGAGUGUGAUUCAAAGUUACGAGCCAUUGGUGAACGAAGGAAAGCCCUGCAGAACGAAGCUGCUGUACUGGAACGCCGGGACAACGAGUUGUUAGCAGAAAAGAAAAGUCUCUCUGAACUAAAAGUAAAAAAGAGGCAACUGGAGCAGAAAAUUGCAACUAAACAAGACAGUUUGAGGCAGAUGGAGCAGAGUGUUAUUGACCUGAAGAAGAUUGAGGAGGAAACUAAAGAGAAGAUUGCAGCUGUCAACUUGCAGAAAGUGACCAUCGUCUCUGCAUUCAUGGCCCAAAUGAAGCUAAGAGCCAAGCUGACGAUGGAGAAGGCGUAUCUGGCCUUGGAGACAGUUGGGUUGACAGCAGAGAAGACUAAGCUGGAGAAUGACUGUAGGGAAGGCGCCUCUGAGCUAAAGACUUUGGAACAAAGGUGCAGUCGUCUGGAUCAAAGGAAGGCUGAGCUGACAACGCAAUGCCAUAGCCUAAUGAAGAGGGCAAAGACGAUUUGUAGGAUGCAACCUGAUGAGCAAAUACCCGCAGACCUGCGUAAUGCUUUCAGUAAACUGCCUAACACGCUGGACGAGGUCGAUACCAUGCUGAACGAGGAGCGGUCCAGAGCCGAGUGCUUCACUGGCCUCAGUGAAAAUGUUGUGGAAGAGUACCAAAAGAGAGAACAGGAGAUCAAACAGCUAGAGAAAGAUCUUGAAGAACAAACUGCUGCUCUGAAGGCCUACAGACAGAACAUAUCAGAGGUGAAGGAACGCUGGUUGAACCCUCUGAAGCAGCUGGUUGAACAGAUAAAUGAAAAAUUCAGUCAUUUCUUUCGCUCCAUGCAAUGUGCAGGAGAAGUUGAUCUUCACUCAGAAAAUGAGGAGGAGUAUGACAAGUAUGGGAUCCGUAUCCGGGUGAAGUUCCACAGCAGCACUCAGCUCCAUGAGCUGACUGCUCACCAUCAGAGUGGAGGAGAGCGCAGCGUCUCCACGAUGCUUUACCUCAUGGCCUUGCAGGAGCUCAACCGCUGCCCGUUUAGGGUGGUAGAUGAGAUCAACCAGGGAAUGGAUCCAAUAAAUGAGAGGAGAGUAUUUGACAUUGUGGUCCGCACAGCUUGCAAAACAACAACUUCUCAGUACUUCUUCAUAACUCCAAAACUUCUGCAGAAUCUUCAGUAUGCUGAGGAGAUGACAGUCCUUUGUGUCCAUAACGGUCCUCACAUGAGUCCCCCGGAAGAAUGGGACAUGGCGGCUUUCCUCAGAAGGCGUCAACGAAGAAAACCCAGGGCAUAAAUCCACCAGGCCAAAACGUACGGAAUCUGACAUGGAUGCGUGUCAUAUAUGAUUCCAAAGCAGGAUGUCUGUUUACGUCUUCUAUCCGUUUUUUCGAGAGAAGCAGAUUUGAACUUUUAAAUGGGAUUGACGGUAAAAUGUUUGUACAUAUUCAUGUUUGACUAAAUAUGAGAAAUUUUUAAAGCAAAAUUAGUUAAAAUAUAUUUGAAUAAAAUGUUUUUCUGUU